CCAGCCCUGAGGAGCGGUAGUCUUCGAGAACAAAGAAUUACAGAGCACCCACAAGUCGCAAUCUUGCCCAAAGUACUGCAACAGGAUAAUUUAAACAAGGUUAGGUAGCAUACGACCUUAAGCAGAAAGAGCAUCCCACCAGCCCGCACGCACUCCACGGUGCCCUGGUUCGUGCCACGAAUCACUGGGGUGGUUUGGGCGUUCGUUCUUAGUAUGGAAACUCAUCGGCAAAAUAAAGUGGUUGAAAUUGGGUGAAGAUUGGAUCCCUUUUUAAAAAGGUGUUCCUGAACACCACUGACAACACAGUUCUGACAGUAUUUCAUGACAAAGCCACUAAGAAGUAUCAAUAAAUAGAUACCCUCUACUUGUGCAAAUUAUUAAAGAUGGAUGGCGACAGUGCUACCACAGAUGCUUCUCAACUAGGCAUCUCUGCAGACUACAUCGGAGGAAGCCACUAUGUUAUACAGCCUCAUGAUGAUACUGAGGACAGCAUGAAUGAUCAUGAAGACACAAAUGGUUCAAAAGAAAGUUUCAGAGAACAAGAUAUCUAUCUUCCAAUUGCAAAUGUAGCAAGGAUAAUGAAAAAUGCCAUACCUCAAACGGGAAAGAUUGCAAAAGAUGCCAAAGAAUGUGUUCAGGAAUGUGUGAGUGAGUUCAUCAGCUUUAUAACAUCUGAAGCAAGUGAAAGAUGUCAUCAAGAGAAACGGAAGACAAUCAAUGGAGAAGAUAUUCUCUUUGCCAUGUCAACCUUAGGCUUUGACAGUUAUGUAGAACCUCUAAAAUUAUACCUUCAGAAAUUCAGAGAGGCUAUGAAAGGAGAGAAAGGAAUUGGUGGAACAGUCACAGCUACAGAUGGGCUAAGUGAAGAACUUACAGAGGAGGCAUUUACUAACCAGUUACCAGCUGGGUUAAUAACUGCAGAUGGUCAACAGCAAAAUGUUAUGGUUUAUACAACGUCAUAUCAACAGAUUUCUGGUGUUCAACAAAUUCAGUUUUCAUGAUCUGAAGAAAUGGUGGCAUGGGGAGUGGAGAGAAGCAAAAGAGUCUGUAUGAUUCUGGAAACAGAGACCUUAUAAGGAAGUGAUUGGGGAAAAGAUGUCUCUUUGUAUAUUAAAUAGCUGUAAUGUAGCUUCCUGAUGCUUGACUAAUUGAGGUGUUAAUUCUGACUUGAGAAUCUUUUUUCAUGAAUGAUUUUAAAGAAAAAUUUGGAUUUUAAAGGUAUUAAAAUAUUUUUGUUUUGUACGAGAGUUUGUUGCUCUGUAUGACUCCUGUAUGCAUUGUAUAUUGCAAUUUAUUACUGUCAGAGAUUUGUAGACAGUUUCUUAUUUUCAUAUUGAAUCAUGUUACUUUUGUAAUUCAAGUAAGCAGCUGGGUUAAUUCAUGAUGUUUGCCCUUUUAAUAAAAUACAAGGGUAGAGUUCAUUUUGAAUGCAAGUUGCCUUUAUUAUAAAUUUGAGUUUGUCUUGGUUAUAUAAUAUCUUGCAUGGUAACCUAGCUAGAUUUUUAGCAUUUGCCAUAUUUAUUAAAAUUAAUUUUUUGUAAAACAUUCAUAGCUUAAGCAGCACCAUUUUUUAAAAAUGUAAUUGAAAAAUCAAGUGUAAAUGCAGAAGCAAACAUUGUCUGCCCUAUUAAACUCGGUGCCCGUUAACAGUGUUUACACUGUUCAUUGUGCCUGUUAAGAUAGUUUUAGUUUAUUGGAGCUUUUGUUAAGACCAGAUUUGUUUUUGAGUUAUGUUAUUAUGAGUGUUGGAAUUCAUUUAAGCUUAAUGUAGUCCUAGUGCUCUUGAAAUGGUGCCCUUUUCAUUUUUAUAUGAUUUUUCCAAAGCAUAUCUUCAAAUACUAAAGUAUCCUCUUCCAGAAGAGGAAUUUUAUAGUCUGAUGGUAAAUGUCCUCGUUUUACCUUUUUAAUUGAUAUGUCAAGUUUCCUAAUUAUACUAUGGGAACCAAGAAACGUCAGACAUCAUUGUGUGUGUACAGACCUUUCUCUACAUGGGUGAGUGAAUGCAGUGGAGAACAGAGUGUGUGCUACAGAUGGUGUGAAACAGAAGCCCCAACUUCUAGUGCUGUCUUGAUCUUUGCAAUAAACUAAACUUAGAUAAUGUAACUUUGUAUAAUUUAGUAGUAUGUACUUGGGUUGUUCCUUUUUUAAAAUGAGGAUUUGUAUAUUCUCAUCUGGUUUUUUUUGGUGAUGAUUAACCUGUUUUGGGUUUUGUUUUGUUUUUUUUUUUUUAAUAUCAACAAUUGCUAUUGUAUAAUAGUUUGCCUAAAAGACGAUUUAAAUGUCAUCCUGGAAGGACACUCAAAUUUAUAAGAUAGAAGCAAUUUCACAGAUAUGGGCUGAACAGAAAUAUUUACCUUGUCAGAGGGAGACUUUGGGGCACAUAUUUGGGCUAAUCUGAGGUUAUUAAUAACUUCCUCAAUACCCUCCCAUUUAAUUUCAGUAUAGAAAAUUCAAAUAGGCAAAAAAGGGGGAGGGGGCAUUAAGCAAAAUCAACUAUCAUCCUACUAUGCUGAAAUAACCAAUGUUAAUAUUUUGGUAAAUAUCACUUGUCCUCUUACUUUGCUAAAUAUGUAUAUUUUUAUAAAAAUGGGCUCAUACUUGCUUACUGUUUUGUAACCUGCUUUUUUUCACUUAACAAUAUAUUGUAAACAUCUUUCCCAGGUCA